ACUCGUAUCAGUCGCUAGAGAGCGCUUUUCACUUACAGAACGCUACUACGCGCUCCGUAAUUGAUUGUUUUUAAAAAAAAUUAUAUUAUCUUACUGCGCAAUCGUCUUGUUAAAUUACUUUGUUAAGUAUUCAAAAUACCGUUGGUUUAACAAACAAUACGCACGCGGUCGUAUGUUUUAAUUUUCGUUACCGUGUUGUAUUGUGUGUUUAAGUGUGUCACCUGCUACCAACGUGCUCCAAAAAUAAACGCGGGAAACAAUUUAUAAGUGUCUGGUCCAGGCCAGCAUCUUCCUUUACUCAUCACCGAGCUCUUUUUCAAACCCCGGUAAAUUUAAAUAACGUACUGCCUGAAAGGACCAUUUAAAUUUUGUGUCACGGGCAUUGUGCAAUCUAACGUGCUUGGAUAGUAACAAUUGUGAUUAUUCAAAUGGAUUUGAAUUGCGGUACAGUUAUUAUUGUUAAUUAAAAUUCAAAAUAAUAAUAAUUAUUAUUAUUGAUAUUAAUAAUAAAAAAAAUCAAUAGAUGUGAGGAUUGUAUUUAAAAUAAAUUCAAACAAAUAAGUUUUAGUUGGUGAAUAAAAUAGUCUGGUGUAUGUGAACGAGACUCCCGCUUCUAGCGUUUCGUUUUCGAACACGUACAUAUCCCAACCCAUUCUCCAUCACCUACACAUACGCAAGUGCGUCCAGUCCAGCGUUGCCGGAUUUAUUAAAAGUUUUGUUGAGCGGGCUCGACGCCGUUCUCUUCUCGAGCCGCUACACGGCGUUGCCAAGAGGAUUAUAAGUUUCGGAAACAGACAACUGUGUGUGUUAUUAUCGAGUAUGUAAUUGUGUAAUAAAUACAAUAAUAAUAAUUGUAUCAAUAAUUUAAAAAUAAAUAAAUAACGUUGAUGUGAAAUAAUAAAAUAAAGUAAAAUUACUUUGAAGAAGAUUUAAAAUAUAAAAAUUGUGUAUGGAGUUGAAAGAAUUAUUUUUAUCUGAAAAAUUAACUUGCAACGUUUGUCACGUACAUUUAAGUGAAAUAAAUUUUAUAAAAUAAAUAACGUGGAGUUAUUUUAAUAUUUUGUGUGAAAAUUUGAAUAAAUUUUGUGUUGAGAAGCAACAAGAGAACGUGAUAGUUUUCUCCCGCCUUCGAAACGACUUGGGUUUUCGUAUACAUUUAUAUAUGUAUAUAUAAAUAUAUAUAUAUGUGUGUAGAUAUAAAUGUGUAUAUAUAUGUGUAUUGACGAAGUACGACGUCAGAAACUCGUUCGAAACGUACCAAGAGACAGGGAGUGCGCGGUUGCCAAGUUUUUAAAAAGUUGCGCGCGCAUCGACUGACUGUACGCCUGAGGCCACUGGAAGGAAGGCCGUGUGUGUGGGUUCGUGUGUGAGUGUGUGUUACCGAGAGAGAACACGCCUCAUAAUAUAUUGGUGUGUUAGUGGACCGAUUGGUGGUGCUGGUGUACAUAACGUGUGUGUGUAUAUCACUCGGCCCCAGAGAUUCCAGGAAAACUGUCCUCGUGCUUCUUGAGGCCGCGGUAUAUCGCGCCAACAAAUUUUUUGACGCUCUUGUAGUAUUGUUGAGCCACACGAUUUCUCCGUCGCUUAAACGCCAAUGGUGCCACGCGGGAUAUUUGAAAUUAUAAACCGGUGACUUCAAUUUUUUUAUAUAUUUAUAUAAAUUAAUCUUGUUGUUUUUAAAAAACAACUUCAGACAGUAUAACUUUAUUUGAUUUUCUUCUUUUAUCAUAAUAAUAAUAAUAGUUGUUAUUAUUAUUAUUAUUAUUAUUAUUUAUAAUAAAUAAAAGACGAGCUGAGGUUGGUGAUAAGCAAGAGGCAAAAUAAUGAGCGCGAGAGUAAUGAAUCCUGCGAUGAUGACUGAAAGUCGUAAAUUAGGUGGUUCUGUUGGAGGUGGUGGUGGUGUUGGUCGCGUUGUCCCAAGUCGAGCUGAUCUCGCAAAAGUAAGACGGGAUUUAUUUGGACCAGUUGAUCAUGAAGCUGCGCGGGCGUUUGUUGAACGUGAGUUAAAAGCACAAUCUGUACUGGAUGCUGAACGCUGGGGCUUUGAUUUCCGUCUGGGACUACCGCGGAAUAGUUUGCGUUACGACUGGGAAGUUUUCAGCAACGAAGAAGUCGUACCCGAGCCCUAUGCACUCCGAGGUAUGCCUUAUUUACGUAAACACGCCCCAGGUACACCGAGAAAAAAUAGUGAACGUAGUGUAUCAUCGGUGACAAGACGUUCAAGCUCGUUGUCGCCAAUGAACACGGAUACUGGUGCGAACAGAGCUGGUAAAGCUGAAAGGACACCACCGCAAGAGCCAAGGGUACCGGAAAUUGGAGAAACGGAUGAUGAAUUCAUCGGGGAAUGCAGGAAGAAACACUGCCCAAUCAUAGAACCGACAACGCCAGUUUUGCCUGUAACUGCGAGGAAGCAAUCGAGUAUCACCGAUUUCAUGAAGACCCGCAAACGUACGUCAAGUAGCACGAAGAAAAGUAGUAUUGAGCCGCCAGAGAAAUUGCCACGUAACGCGGGUCAGAUACGCAGCUAAACUUUUUAUUUAUCUUCAUUGGAUCGUGUCUUCCUCUUAAUUAUCAUCUGACUGCGACGACGUCUAUUGCAAUUGUGGCCUCUAAAAAAUAUUAACAACUAAACAACUUUUCUUACAAUAGAUUAUUUUUGUUUCGUAGCUUAAUUAAAGUAUAAAUAUAAAUAUAUAUUAUUAUAAUUAACUAGAAUCUUAAAGCAUUAGAUUAAAAAGCUAAAUGAACGCGUUUAUGUCCCUGCGUCCAGUGAUAUAUUGAAACGUUAUGAAAAAAAUAAUGGUAAUAAUAAUUAAUUAAUUAAUUGAUCAAUUGUCUGAGCGUGAAAAGUUUAACGAGUGCCACUUAUUGAGGAUCAGUAAUAAAUUUAUUAUAAGUAAGAUCCUUUGGCUGUGCCAUUCACGUUUAAGAUUUACUUUACUGAGACGCAUUCAACCACCAAAUGAUAUACAAGAGGAUUAUUAAUAGGUAUCGAGUGAAGGAUCAAAUGAUUAUUUAUAAAUUUAUGAUAAACGUUUGUUUAUUUUUUUUUUUAUGUUGAAAAUUCAUUGUUUUAAAUUCCUCGACGUUGGUUUAUCGGUUAUUAUUUUUUGUUUAAUUUAAAUUCAUCUAAACAAUUGAUUGGGCCGCGUGGAACUGAAGCGAGAAGAGAUUAUUAUUGAAAAGAGAAAAAAAAAUUAAUUAAUUAAUUAAAUUUAAUAAAUUACUAAUUUAAGGAUAAGAAUUAUUGAUUGUAAGAAAAAAUAUUAUGGGAGAAUUUAUUAUCGAAAUUUAUUUGUAAUAUAUAUAUACUUAUAACUAUUAUAUUGUAUGUCUUUUUUUUUGUUGGUUAUUAUUAUUUUUUUUAUUUUAUUUUUACUAUCACUAUUAAUAUUAUUAUUGUUUAUUUUCUUUAAUAAAAUAAGAUAGAAAAUAAAGUAACAUAAAAAAAGAGAGAUGUUUAGCGUGACGCAUUUUACAAACUACAAGAUAUGUAGUGUUUAGAUAAUUAUUUUGUUAAGAUUAAGCUAAAGAGUAUACGUAUUCUAAAGUCUUUUUUUUCUAUUUGACAGUUGACUUUUUCUUUUUUUUCUGAUAUUUAAAAUCCGUUAUUUUCCAGGUCCAAUAAAUUCUUUGAUAUUUUUUCCUGAAUUAAUUUAAAUUUAAACGCUUGAAUGAAAAGUAUACGGGUUUAUUUUAUUGUAAGUAAAAAGAAAGUCAACGGUUGUCGAGUAAUAAUUUAAAAAAAAAGACAUUUAAAUAGCCUUUACUACGUUACCCAAAAAUAAAAGCAUUGAUCUCCUGUACAAAAUAACAAAAAAAAAGGUACAGCCGAUGCCAAAUCGUAAUCUCUCGAAUUUGCUUAUUUUUUUUUUUUUUUUUAAUUCUUAUUUGUACCUUAUUAAAAAAAAUGAAUGAAAAAUAUUUUCAUUGUCUAAAAUUAAUGACAAUAAUUUUUACUUGAAAAAUUAUUUUUUCGUACUAAAAUAACAUCUAACUUUAAAUUCAUAUAUAUAUUUAUUAUAUUCUGAGUAAAUCAAAGCGGACCCUCCCUCGUUACCUCGCCGUUGAAAUGCUAACAAAAAAAAAAAAUAAUUAACAAACUUAAAUUUUAAAAAUCAUUUGUCCUUCGGUCCUACUUAUACACACAUUGGCUUUGAAUUAUUGUCUAAAAAUAAUUAUUAUCAAUACAUAUACAUACUUAUAUAUAAAUAUAAUUUUUUUUUUUUUCUAUGUAAAUUUUACAUUUUCGCUUAUUAAGAGUCACAUUAUAUUGUAACAAUUAAAAAAAAAAUUAUAAAUUUUUACUAAGCGUCACUAUGAUCAUGUUUUUCCUUUACUCUUAUAUAUUUUUUUUAUUUUAAAUAUAUAUAUAUAUUUUUUUUUGUUCAUCUCACAUCUCUGUUCUUAUCACUUAUUAUUAUCAUUGUAUCCGUACCCAUUCAAAUCUACUCACAUGUUUCCCUUAUAUUUUUUUUUCGUCUUGAGAUUAUAGCCAAAAAUACGACUGGUGGUUACACAAAGCUAUUUUUUUUUUAUAUUUUAAUAUUCAUAAAAUAUAAAGCAUAUUUUUAUUUUAACUCGAAUUUAUUUUUGGCCGAUAUUCAAAAAAAAUAUUGAGUGGCGCGAAAUUAAAAUUUAAAAAAAUUUAUCACAUUUACUGAGGCAUCGAAAUUAUUUGUUAUUUAAAUUUAAAAUUAAUAUGAUAUAUAAUUAUAUUUAAAAAAUAUAUAGAGAUAAAUAAACUAGUACAAUUCGCGAUAAUUUAAAAUCAAAAUAAAAAUUUUAAUAAAAUAUAAAUAAAUGAGGUUUUGUAGCUAUUUAAAUUAAUUUUUGAGUCUAUAUAUAAUUAUAUAGAUAAGUAUAUAUAUAUUUAUAUAUACAUACCAUUAAUCUUUGGUAAUUUUUUUUAGUAAUUUUGAUUGACAUUAAUGAAAUUGUUUUUUAACCCAAAUACCUCGACUGUAUAAUCAACAACUUUAGAGACUCGUUUGUCCUUGAGUGACUAUUACGUGAAAUUAAAAAAAAAAAACUGAGAAGAACAAAAAAUUAUAAAAACUAUUAAAAAAUAGCAACAAUAUAAUUAAAAAAAAAAAUGUUAUCAAUGUAACCCUGUGAUGUAUUAGUAUGAUCUCAGUAAACAUUAAUAAAAUUAGUUUAUAAAUAAUUGUUAUAUAAAUAUAUAUAUAUAUAUAUAAAUAUAUACAUUUAUAUAUACAUAUAAAAAAUAAAAUAUAAAUUAAUAAACUAAGAAUUCAAAUGAUACAAGUAUCAUGUCUGCAUGUAUGUGUGCAUGGGUGUUUUCUAUGUAUAAAAAAUAUUUUUCUAUUUAAAAUUAUCCGCAAAAUUCAAUGACAUAUUAAAUAAUUGUAAAAAAUAUAAAUAAUAAAAUAUCAAAAUUAUAAUUAUAAACACCCGUUAAUUUUUUUGGUAAUCUUUAAAAAAUUUCUUAGCUCAUUGACGACAUACAUUACCGUAAUUACUUUAAGAAACACAACAGUUUAUAAAACUGAUUUUAGUUAAAAAAAAAAAAUAAAUAAUUAGUUUUUAAGAGAGUCUAAAUAGAGUAACUAACAAAAAAUAGAUAGAAUCCUAUUGUUUAUAAAAAAUAAAAUAUUAUUAUUAAAAAAAAAAUUAUUGAAAAUAAAUAAA